AUAGUUGAGCUGCCUAGUAUACCCAUCAGCAACAAAGUCGAUUCUCUCUUUAUUGGCAAUAUGGCUUCAAACCCAGAAACAUACAAGCCCUAUGGGAAGCAACCCGUUAAGGGACAAUGGACCACUGGCCUCUAUGAUUGUUGGGAUGACCCCUCUCAUUGUUGCUUCACAUGGUUUUGUCCGUGCAUCACCUUUGGGCAGAUUGCGGAGAUAGUUGAUGGAGGGACAAUAUCCAAAAAUGCAGCGUGCUGCAUUUAUGUUGACUCGCAUGGGACGAAAUGGCUAUAUGGUGCCACUUACAGAUCCAAAUUGCGACGACUCUUCUCAUUGUCACAGGAACCCUACUCUGAUCCAUUUCUUCAUGGUUGUUGCUGCAUUUGUGCCCUCACCCAAGAAUACAAAGAACUCAAAAACCGUGGAAUUGAUCCUUCCAUUGGUUGGGAAGGUAACGUUGAGAAGUGGAAGAGGGAAGGCGUAGAUCCUCCAAUUGUUCCCACCAUGUCUCGUUGAUUGGGGGGAACUUACGAAUUGUUGCCACCGUACGUGUUGUGAAGUUGGAUUGUUUGAGUUGUUACGAGUAUACCGUAUUUGCAUAUGGUCUAUCAUUAUUCUAGCAGAAGCUUUUUUUUUUUAAUCAUCUUAAUAAUGGUUUUUAAUUCUUCGGUGAAAUCCAACGUAUAUUUUCUUAAGUUUUAGUCCUCACGAGUCUGGAUGAAUUAUGAGAUUAAUUUUCGAUUCAGAACUUAAUUACACUUCAAGUUUAUUAUUCUUCAUCCCUAGCUAAAGAUGUAAUAUGAGAAAAUCAAAUUUAAAUCAUUUCUUAUAAAUUUAA